UAAUUUAUUUAUUACUAGUAAGUAGUAUUUUUCUCAUGAUGUAUCUGUCUUUUUCUUUUAUUAUUCUUCUUUAUGAUCUCGGUGUGUCGGUAACGAUUUAAUUCUAUAUAUCUUUUUCGGUUAAUAAAUUCCAAGUUUUAAUGCUAUUAGAUUUUACUUCCUCAGUUUCAAAUCAUUCAGUUCAGUUUUGAGCUUUGAUUUGAAACACUUGCAAUGUCUCAGACACCAGACACGACACUGACACACAAACACCUAGGAUUUUGAAAAACAGAGAAGAAGGAUGAGAGAAGAAGGAUGAAUAGUGUAAACUGAAAAAGAAGGUAGGACCUGUUUUUGUUAGGGACCAGUGAAAAAUCUGUUACUUUGUUCUCAAGCAUUGUUUAAGGUGGUCGCUGCCAGAAAAAGUUUUCUAUUCUAAAAAUCAUAAUUGGUUACUGUAGAAGGAAGGUUUCAAAUACAUGAGUUUUGGAAACAUGGGUUGUUUUGAAAUGGGAUUAGCUUGUUAAUUGAGGUGGAAAAAGAGGGUUUGGAAGUGUGAGAAAAUGGGAGCUAUUGCUGGAGAAGAGUUGUCGAAAUGGGAGAAGAUGAAUGGAGUUAGUGGUUGUGAAGAGAAGAUUCUUGUGUUACUUAGGCUUAGGCCUUUGAAUGAGAAGGAAAUUUCUGCUAAUGAAUCUGCAGAUUGGGAAUGUAUUAAUGAUACUACGAUUUUGUACCGGAAUACAUUGCGUGAAGGUUCUACGUUUCCAAGUGCCUACACAUUUGACAGAGUAUUUCGGGGUGACUGUGAAACAAGGCAGGUAUAUGAGGAAGGAGCUAGGGAAAUCGCUCUUUCAGUAGUCGGUGGAAUUAACUCGAGUAUUUUUGCAUAUGGGCAAACAAGCAGUGGAAAGACAUAUACUAUGGUUGGAAUAACUGAAUUUGCUGUAGCAGAUAUUUUUGACUAUGCUAAAAGGCAUGAAGAAAGAGCAUUUGCAUUGAAGUUCUCAGCAAUUGAGAUUUACAAUGAAAUUGUUAGAGAUCUUCUCAGCACUGACAACACUCCACUUAGGCUGCGUGAUGAUCCUGAGAGAGGACCCGUUCUAGAGAAACUUACGGAGGAGACUCUACAGGAUUGGGGGCAUUUUCAAGAGCUCCUAUCCUUUUGUGAAGCUCAGAGACAAGUAGGAGAGACAUACCUGAAUGAAAAGAGUUCAAGAUCUCACCAAAUUAUCAGAUUGACCAUUGAAAGUUCUGCCAGGGAAUUUCUGGGCAAAGGAAACUCAACCACCCUAUCAGCUAGUGUAAAUUUUGUUGAUUUGGCAGGGAGCGAGCGUGCAUCUCAAGUAUCAUCAGCUGGGGUGAGAUUGAAAGAAGGUUGCCAUAUAAACCGGAGUUUACUUACUCUUUCGACCGUCAUUCGUAAGCUGAGUAAGGGAAGACAAGGACACAUCAAUUACAGAGAUUCUAAGUUGACACGCAUACUGCAGCCUUGCUUAGGUGGCAAUGCUAGAACAGCUAUCAUUUGCACUUUGAGCCCUGCACGGAGUCAUGUUGAACAAACUAGAAACACGCUUCUUUUUGCUUGUUGUGCAAAAGAAGUUACCACUAAAGCACAGGUUAAUGUAGUGAUGUCUGAUAAGGCCUUGGUCAAGCAAUUGCAAAAAGAGUUGGCCAGGUUGGAAGGCGAGUUAAAAACUCCUGCUACCUCCAACACUGAUUAUGUAGCUUUGUUGAGAAAGAAAGAUCAACAGAUAGAAAAGAUGGAUAAGGAGAUUAGGGAGCUAACUAAGCAACGUGAUCUUGCUGAAUCAAGGAUUGAGGAUUUGCUGCGCAUGGUGGGAAAGGAGCAAAUAUCUAAAAAAGAAGGAGAAGAUUUAUGGGAAGAGGACUGUUCAGUAUCAGAGUCAUCAAGCAUUUGUGGUCCCAACAUAAGCAUUAGAGAGUUCAACAAUCCUCACUAUAGUGGUGGAGACAGUGGAAGUAAUCAAGAUGAAGAAGACCUUGAUGAAUACUGCAAAGAAGUUCAAUGCGUCGAGUUGGAAGAGUCAAGUAGAGACAACUCAGAAUUACUUGAUCCGUCCUUAAAUGACAACGGGGAUUUGGCUUUGACAGUAUCUGGAGGGGAAAAUGGAACAAGCCAUGAAAUGUCUACACAUUUGAAUGAAGACCACCAUGAUGAACAAUCUCUACAUGCCAUGUCAGGAAACAUGUCAAAUUAUAAAAAUCUCAAAUUAACUAGAAGCCGGAGUUGUUCGGAGCAUCACAUGACUGCUUCCCCUGAGACAGGAGAAAUGGAGAGGACACCAUUCAAUGGGGUUGAAAAAGGAUUCCCUGGAAGACCAGAUGGUUUAUGGAGAAAGUUCAAUCCAUUAAAUUUAGAUGGUUCAACAAGAUUUUCAAGGAAUGAUUCUCAGUCUUCUAUUGGAAGUCCGUCAGUGGAUGACCUUAGAGGCAACAGCUUGAGAUCAUCUGGUGAUGAGGACAUUACUAGCAUCCAUACUUUUGUUGCUGGGAUGAAAGAAAUGGUCAAACUUGAAUAUGAAAAGCAGCUUGUUGAUGCUCAGGGUCAGGAGACGGAUAGAAAACUGAGGAAUGUGAAAGAUGUAGGUGUUGAUCCAAUGCAGGAGGCACCGGGAACUCCUUUAGACUGGUCUCUGCAGUUCAAGAGGCAGCAAAAAGAGAUAAUUGAACUGUGGCAAUCUUGCUAUGUACCAUUAACCCACAGGACCUACUUCUUUCUUUUAUUUAGGGGUGAACAAACAGAUUCCAUUUACAUGGAGGUAGAGCUUAGAAGACUAUGCUUCCUAAAAGAAACAUUUUUUGAUGAAAACCAGUCUGAGAAAGACAGCCAGACAAUCACAUUAACUUCAAGUGUGAGAGCUCUUCGGCGGGAGAAAGAAAUGCUUAUGAAGCUUAUGCGGAAGAGGCUUUCUGAGGAAGAGAGGAAAAGGCUAUUUAACGAAUGGGGAAUUGGAUUGAAUUCAAAACGCAGGAGAAUGCAGCUAGCAGACCGGUUAUGGUGCAACACUGAUAUGAAUCACGUAAUGCAGAGUGCUGCAAUAGUUGCGAGGUUAGUGAGGUUUUCAGAGCAGGGACGAGCCCUCAAGGAGAUGUUUGGACUUAGCUUCACACCUCAGCUCACACGGCGAAGCUAUUCAUGGAAAAGUUCAAGAGCAUCUCUUCCUUAGUCAUUCUUUUUUGUUUUGCGUCUCCAAAGUGGCAUUGCUAAUAUACGUCUUCAUUAGGAGUGUGUACAGCAGGGUUAGAAUUUUUUAUCACAGUUUCUGAUUGAUCUUUGUUCACUCGUUCAAACUAUACAAACUACUCACUUUAGUGGAGUUAAAUCCUGAAACAAGUGUCUCUACAUUGGGAUAGAGAUGUGUAUUACUAUUAACCUACAUUCUAGGUGGUUGUAUUGUAUCUUAUCAUGUCGUAUCGCCAUUAUGGUUAUGUUGUACCAGUUGACGAAUUUGACCGUCUUUUCUUCUCUUUUUCUUUCUUACCAAGCAAAUUAAGGUGUGUUGUGUUGCUUGCUUCACUGUGUGUGUCUUGAUCAUCCUCCUCCUCUGGACAAAUUAAAACAUUUUUAUAAUGUAUUAUAUUUAUUUUUAUUUCUUA